UAUUGGAAUCCAAAUGGAAAAUAUGAGCAAAUUCUUAGUGUUUUCUUUGCUAAGCAUUCUCGCCACAUUCUUCCUUGCUGUUGAAGGCGAUGUCAGCUUCCGUUUGUUGGGUGCUACAACCAAAUCCUAUAAAGAUUUCAUUGCGAAUUUCAGAAAUGAUCUUGCAUCUCAUAAGAGAGUGUACAAUAUAAGACUAUUAUCUCUUACGGUUCCAGGUCCAAGUCGCUACACACUAGUCCAUCUUUACAAUUAUGACGAUCAAACCAUCACGUUGGCUGUAGAUGUGAUAAACGUUUACAUUAUGGGGUAUCGCAACGGUCACGUAUCGUACUUUUUUAAUGAGCCUGCUGCUGCUGAAGCUUCCAAAUUUGUAUUCAAAGAUGCUCAGCGGAGAGUUACACUUCCAUUUACUAGCAACUAUGCAGGUCUUGAAACUGCUGCAGGCAAAAUUCGAGAACGUAUUCCCCUUGGACUUCCGGCCAUGAACAAUGCCAUUACCAACUUGGUUUACUACGACACUAGCCCUCGUAAUGCUAUUGCAGCAGCAUUUCUUGUACUCAUUCAGAGUACUGCUGAAGCUGCAAGAUUUCAAUAUAUUGAGAAAGUAAUUGGCAAGGAUGUUGAGAAAGACUUCCUACCAAGUGAAGCACUUUUAAGUUUAGAAAACAAUUGGGGUGCUCUCUCCAAACAAAUUCAAAUAGCGGAGAAGAAUAAUGGGAAGUUUAAAGAUCCUGUUUUGCUUACCGACAAUCAAGGUAAAAAGGUUCAAAUAAACAACGUUAGUUCAAACGUUGUAACUGCCAACAUCCAGUUGCUGCUGAAUUACCAACAACAAGUUCUAGCUUUUGACCAAGAUAUCAUGUCUUCCGAGCUGAGGCUUGGACAUGGAAGUUAUGUUACAAUGUAACUUUGAAGUAGCAGCUACUACAACUUCAUGCUUGAAGAAUAUGUUGUCUGUUGAGAGUUUGAUCCUCGUGUGAAAAUAAGGCAUGUUCAUAUUACCUAACUACGUGAAUAUUGUGUGUGCCUUUUACUUUAUCAAGUAAUAAAAAGUUUGGAGUGUUUCAAUAUUUU